CAGUCGCCAGCCCGCAUGUGGAGGGCAGGGCCCGCUCUCGGGACCCUCACCUCUGUGACCCCAGCGCCAGCACCGCAUCUAACCCUGAGCAGGGGCUCUGGGGAACUAGAAGGACAAGAAAAACCUAACAGGAGAGAGCUGGGAUGGCCACGCUGGGGGCUAGAAGCCCAAGGUGCCACAGCUCGGUGCCGCCCAGCCUGGAAGGCCGGGGACAGGCCGCGUGGGGAAGGUGCAGGUCGGGGAGAGAGGUCCAGGGUUCGGCAGGAAGGCGUCUCACGGGCCGCCCAGCUCCGGGCAGACAGUGAGGCCAGAGCUGUUCGGACCGCUUCCCGCUCGGCGCCCUCGCCCCACUCACAGAGCGUUUGGCUCCACCCGGCCACCGUUGCUCUUUGGAACGCGCUCCCGCGACCCGGAAGAGCAUUCUCCUUAGCAACUGCGGGACCGCGGCGGCGCCGGCCCUCCGGGAGCCAAGGUGUGUCCCCCAUGGUUGGCCCACAUGGUGCUGGUGCUUCGCCAAGUGACAAAAAGUCAAAGAACAAGUCCAUGCGAGGGAAGAAAAAGAGCAUCUUUGAAACCUACAUGUCCAAGGAGGACGUUUCAAAAGGCUUGAAGAGAGGAACGUUAAUCCAGGGUGUGCUGAGAAUUAAUCCAAAGAAGUUUCAUGAAGCCUUCAUUCCUUCCCCGGAUGGUGAUCGAGACAUUUUUAUUGAUGGGGUUGUUGCUCGCAAUAGAGCCUUAAAUGGAGAUCUGGUGGUCGUAAAACUACUUCCUGAGGAGCAGUGGAAGGUAAUUAAACCAGAGAGCAAUGACAAAGUAGCAGAAGCUGCCUAUGAAUCUGAGCUCCCCGAGGAGCUCUGUGGACACCACCUCCCGCUGCAGUCCUUGAGAGGCUAUAAUGACAGUCCUGAUGUGAUUAUAGAGGCUCAGUACGAUGACAGUGACUCAGAAGAUGGACAUGGUGGCACACAGAAUGUGCUGGUGGAUGGUGUUAAGAAGCUCUCAGUUUGUAGUCAUGAUAAAGGAAAAAGUGAUACACAAGUCACAAAAGACGAGAGCUCCCCCAUGUCCCCAGAUGCCAGAGGUCCAUCCGAGAAGUCACCGCAGAAAUCAGCCAAGGUGGUUUACAUCUUGGAAAAAAAACAUUCCCGAGCAGCAACUGGCGUCCUGAAGCUCUUGGCUGAGAAGAACAGCGACCUGUUUAGGAAAUACGCCCUAUUUUCUCCCUCAGACCACCGAGUGCCUAGAAUUUAUGUGCCUCUUAAGGACUGUCCCCAGGACUUCAUGACCCGGCCCAAAGAUUAUGCCAGUACCCUCUUCAUCUGCCACAUCGUGGACUGGAAGGAAGACUGCAAUUUCGCCCUGGGGAAGCUGGCGAAGAGUCUUGGGCAGGCCGGUGAAAUCGAGCCUGAAACAGAAGGGAUACUAACAGAGUAUGGCGUUGACUUCUCCGAUUUCUCUUCAGAAGUGCUGGAGUGUCUCCCUCGAAGCCUGCCCUGGACAAUUCCGCCUGAGGAGGUCAGCAAGAGACGCGAUCUGAGGAAAGACUGCGUCUUCACUAUCGACCCACCCACUGCCCGGGACCUCGAUGACGCCCUCUCCUGCCGGCCGCUUGCUGACGGUACUUUCCAAGUGGGCGUCCACAUUGCCGAUGUGAGCUACUUUGUUCCCCAGGGGUCGCAGCUGGAUAAGGUGGCUGCCGAAAGAGCCACCAGUGUCUACUUGGUGCAGAAGGUGGUCCCCAUGCUUCCCAGGCUGCUGUGUGAGGAGCUGUGCAGCCUCAAUCCCAUGACUGACAAGCUGACCUUCUCUGUGAUCUGGACACUGACCUCUGAGGGCAAGAUCCUGGACGAGUGGUUUGGCCGGACCAUCAUCCGCUCUUGCACCAAGCUGAGCUAUGAGCACGCGCAGAGCAUGAUUGAGCGGCCAGCUGAGAAGAUCCCGGAGCGGGAACUACCCCCCAUCUCCCCGGAGCACAGCCCUGAGGAGCUGCACCAGGCUGUGCUGAACCUGCACCGCAUCGCAAAGCAGCUUCGCCGGCAGCGCUUUGCCAACGGCGCGCUCCGCUUAGAUCAGCUCAAGCUGGCUUUCACCCUGGACCAUGAGACUGGGCUGCCCCAAGGCUGUCACAUCUACGAGUACCACGACAGCAACAAGCUGGUGGAGGAGUUUAUGCUGUUGGCCAACAUGGCGGUGGCCCACAAGAUCCACGGCGCCUUCCCUGAGCAGGCCCUGCUGCGCCGGCACCCCCCGCCACAGACCAAGAUGCUGGGCGACCUGGUGGAGUUCUGUGACCAGAUGGGGCUGGCCGUGGAUGUCAGCUCUGCCGGCGCCCUCCACAAAAGUCUAACAAAAAUAUUUGGAGAUGACAAGUACUCAUUGGCCCGAAAGGAGGUGCUGACCAACAUGUUCUCCCGGCCCAUGCAGAUGGCGCUGUACUUCUGCUCAGGGGUGCUACGGGACCAGGCGCAGUUUCAGCACUAUGCCCUCAACGUGCCUCUCUACACACACUUCACCUCCCCCAUCCGCCGCUUCGCCGACGUCCUGGUGCACCGGCUCUUGGCCGCGGCGCUAGGCUGCGGGCAGCAGCUGGAGGUAGAGCCUGACGCCCUGCAGAAGCAGGCUGACCACUGCAAUGACCGCCGCAUGGCGUCCAAGCGGGUGCAGGAGCUCAGCACUGCGCUCUUCUUCGGCAUCCUGGUCAAGGAGAGCGGGCCCUUGGAGUCCGAGGCAAUGGUGAUGGGAGUCCUGAACCAAGCCUUUGACGUGCUGGUGCUGCGCUUUGGGGUGCAGAAGCGUGUCUACUGCAAUGCCCUGGCGCUGCGGUCCUAUCACUUCGAGAAGGUGGGCAGGAAGCCUGAACUCACACUCCUGUGGGAGCCCGAGGACCCUGAGCAGGAGCCAGUGCGGCAGGUCAUCACCGUCUUCAGCCUGGUGGAGGUGACCCUGCAGGCGGAGGCUGCAGCCCUCAAGUACAGGGCCAUCUUGAAGCGACCGAGCCCCGAGGGCUGUCCAAGCCUAGAGGGCCAGGAGCCAGAGCCAGAACCCUAGGAUGUGGAGCCCAAGGCCUGAGCCGGCCAGAGCACCUGUCCUGUUCACCUGUGGUUUUUAGGAAAAGGACCUUUUGACACCAAAGGGGACUUUUAAUUUGGUUUUUAACAACUCAGGGGUUUGUUUUUAUUUUUAUUUUUGCAUCUCAGUUUUAAAAAAAAAUGAACUGGAAGGGAGCAGGUGGGACAGGGUGGAAGGCUAAGGCCUGGCCAGCGUGUCCCCCAACAGGGAGCACCCUGGUCCCUGGAGACCAGGCCAUGCCACCCCCACCCCCUGCCUGGGACCAGGGUCAGCCAAUCAGUGUCACGGAAUAAAAUCAAGUGUGAAGCACCCUGUGCGGAAGCCCAGAGCCUGGCUCAGGGUCCACCCACACAGCCAGGCCAGGGCCAGUGUCCCUGGCCCCUUCCUGUCCACUGCAGGGUGAUUCACAGCUGGCCAUGUGGCCAAUCACCACA